AUGGCAGCAAUCAGAGUGACAGAAUAUAAUUUUGAGCAACGCCACCAAUUAAGGAUGGUUCCUUACUACAAAGCGACUAUUGUUUCUUCCACUGGCGCUAAUCAUUACAGAGUCAACUACAAAACUCUCUUGACCGAUGAUAAAUCCGCACCACUGGAGGAGAUUGUCACUGCAGCCGAGGUCCGCCCUGUGCCACCCGAUCAACAUGAAAUAAUAUCAGAAAACAACUUCCGUCUGUAUGAUAUGGUUGAUGUGUAUGCCAACGAUGGAUGGUGGUUUGGAUUUAUCAGUGGAAAAGCUGGACAAGAGUACUAUGUCUACUUCCCUACAACCGGAGAUAACAUUGCGUAUCCUUCUCAAGAAUGGUCUAAUGGCAAGUUGAUCUUGAUUUCAAGAAAUUCUUGA